GUCAGCGACACGUCUGGAGGAGAAUUUUAAAAAGAAGCUGGUGGAAGUUAAACUUAGUAUUGUUGCACCUUCAGAUGCUCAGCUGAUAUCUGAGUCUUUUCAUGUCCUGCAGCCUGAACGAGCACACAGCGAGGCUUCUGCUGAAUGCUUCUGCCCUGUUCCCCCUGUAAUGGCCUGAGGAGCCACGAGGUGGCUGCAUUCUUAAAUGUUUGAUGGAGAAGACGCAGGAGGCGGGUCCACAGGGGGAGGAGAGUGAGGCUGAGGAGGAGGCGCAGAUGCAGAAGCGGGCAGAGAACAUGGACAGGGAGCUGGCCACGCUCUUCCAUCUGAUGAGGAAAGUUUCCACACAGUGUGCAGAGAGUAGGCCUCCCUCACCUCCUUCCUCCUCUCAGCCCCGGCUCUGCCUCCAUCCCGGCCUCCUCUCCCUCCCCCCCUGCUCGCAGGCAGAGGGAUGAGUGUUUCCUGCCAGCCUGCAGACAGAUGUGGACGCUGCUGCUGCUCUCACCGCCGCAGGAAGCAGGACGAUCAGGCCAGAGCUCCGUGCCACCCGAACCCGCUGUGAGCCGCACAUGUUGGUCCUCUCCCUCCACCUGGUGAAGAUGUAGUCUGUUUGGUCUCCAUGGAGAUGUCUCCAGUCUCAUUCUUUGCCCUGUUGCCAUGGUCACUGUGCUUGCUGUUCUUCCUGACUGCCGCCCGCCCCCAGACAACGAGCUCCGCCCCCACACAUGCAGCUUCCCCGAGGGCCAAUACAACGCUACUCUACGAGAGCGGCGCUGCGACUAGUCGCAGCCUGCGUAACUGCAGUUGCUCCGCCCCCGUCACGGACUGCGACGAAGUGCUGGCAAACUCUCUGUGCCGCUGCCACAGCGUGCCACGCUCCGCCCUGCCCCGCGCUGGGCUGCGGGAGGCGGGGCAGCUGGCGGUGUGGGUGAAGGAGCUCUGGGUCCUGGAGGAGCUGCUGAACGGCAGCUCGGUGGGCCACCUGCGCCUGUCGUUCUGCGGGAUCAAACCUGUGGACAGCCGGUACCUGGCUCUGCGGGGUCUGCAGACCCUCGGGAUCCACAGCGCCGUGCCGCAGACUCCAUACCCUGACCAGGAAAUGACCCUCUCCCCCCCAGCGGGGGUCACAGCGGAGCUGGACGCCCUUUCCUUUGGCUCCUCCUCCUUCCUGCACAUGACCUUCGUGGACGUGGCCGUGCUGAACGGGCUGUCCGCCCUGAAGGCGUACAGCGUGGCAGGACCGCCUGCCCCCACCCUCUCCCAGCACUUCCCCCUGCUGCCCGUUUCCCCGCCCCCCUCUGAUGACCCGGCUGAGAUGGCUGCAGCCCGCCUGCAGGACCUGCUGGUGACCUUCGUGUACUGAACCUCGACACUGAUGGCACUUUUUUGUGGGACGCGUUCCCUUCCUGCUGCUGCUCCUGUCCCGGAGAUGUAGUGCCCUUUGAUGCUCUGAUCCUGUAACGAGGUUUGGGAAUGUUUGCACUCUGAUUGGAUAAGAGGACAGCUGCCACAGAGGUUUCACACGCAUGUACACACUCUGACCGUCCACUGUGGUAACGCACCGCAGUAGAAACUCGUAGCUUUAUUAAACAUCAUAGGUUAGGUUUGGGCUUCAUGUGAGGUUAACAGGAAUUCCCACUACCAGGACCUGCUGGAGUCUCAUGAGUCUAAACAUCUGCAGAUGCUUCACGGCUAACCUCUCAGUGUCCGUCAAGAUACUCUGACCUGUCACAGAUAAUGAAAAUUAGCCUUUUUAGCAUUUUACCAACAAAACCAAACAGUAAGCUGAGCCCAGCGAUGUUCUCAUAACUCACUGAUGUGCUGUUGGUGUUAGUGGUUCAUAAAGCCUUUCACUCACAGUUUAUAACGAGUGUCUCAUCAGGAAACUGAAGCUGGGGGAUUUUAAUGGUUUGGUGUGUGAGUGGCAUGUAAGUGAUCUGUAAAUCCUUAGUAAUAGUGGGCGAGGAUGGAAAAAUGUGUGAAACAGCUGGAAGGGGACGAGGUGCUAACAUGACUCAGGCUGCAGGCGCUGCGAGCGCUGAUCUCUCCUGUCUCUGCGCUCACUUUUCUCCUCCAGUUCACAUUCAAUCUGUCUGCGUUUCAUGAACUGAAGGUUCACGUCAGCGACCAUCGACCGCGAGCCGUCUCACAGCCUUUAGACCUCGCUCAGACUUUAUGGACUGCAGCGUAACUGUUACCAAAAGCUGUGGUUCAUUCAGGUGCCGUACGGCGAUUAAACGACUGUAAUUGUGAAGUCAUUACUGGGCAGACAGUCUGCAGGCUUCCUGAAUCUAUGAGACAAACAACACGAUUGUUCCCAGAGACAGAAGAGAUCCAGGCUCUGCCUCCAGCUGCCGGCUGGGUGUUAGCGCUCCGUCCUGCCCAGGUGCUCCGUCUCUUUCUCAGUUCUUAGACUUACAUGGGCGACAACUUACAGCAAAAACACAAAUCAGAAAAACAGCAGGGCUCCCUGCACACUUUUACUGAUGAGCCACGCCAUCCUCAUCAUCACAGCAGGAAUAUCUUUACAAAAUAGAUUUCAUAGCAGAUCUCGAGUAGGGUUGGGCGAUAUGUAAAAAUUUUCCAACCGACAAUCAUCAGUCCAAUAAUCGACGAUGGGCGAUAUAUUC